AACGGUGUUUUUUGUGCCGCACCUUAAUACCUUCUCUUUUAUCGACAGAUAUGUAGACGUCUAUAAAGUGAAGGCGUCAGCUUCCAUAUCUGCUGAAAAAUAUGAUGAGUGUGUGAUAAAGGCCCCAUCCUCAUCUUCCUCUUCUGCUGUAGGAUUUUAUCUUUAUGACAUGAGCAGAGCUGUCUUUACCUUCCUACGCUAAAAGAAAGUGUAGUUUAGUGUUGUUUUCACUCAGAAAUUGUGUAGAUUUGCAAAUAACAUUAAAAUUGUCUUCCAAAGUCCGGUGAUCAUUUAUGAACUAUUUUGAACAGAUCUACACAGUCUUCAGUGAUGGAAGAUGUUGCACGUUCAGGUUGAUCACAUGCACACACUCAUGCGAACAAGAAAGCCUGAUGAUUCUUUGUGUUUCUGGCUGUUGAUUGAUUCUGGAGCCUCUGGUUAUGUGUUUUACUGAGUUCAGUACUGUUAAUCUCCAGCGUGAGUCGACCUGAGCGGCCCAUCCCAGAGCCUCACCCUGCCUCAGUUACUCAUACUUGUCCAACCGCUCAGGAUCGUCAACGUGGUUAAUCAUUAAAGAGGCGUGUACCUGUGUGUGUGUGUGUCAUGAGUAGGUUUUAGAGCGUGAUUAUGUAAUCCUGCUCCUGUAAUGGCUCUUUUGACCAGUUUCACACACUCGUUUAGCAUGCAGUUACACAACACGCUUCCUGUUGCGUUAUCCUUUAGAGACUGUGAUGAUUUAGUGUGUGUGUUUGGAGAGGGUGUGGGAUUCUGGCGGACACACCUUCCCACUCACUUUCCCUUCUUCUUCCUGCCUCGGCUCCACCAACAUGACAAUUUAGGGCUGAGGCGGGGCCAAGCCAGUGCCCUCCAUGUCUCUCUUCAGUCAGAACAAGAGCAGGCCUACGAUCUGUAGCUAGCGGCAUCAUUUAGAGGAGCUAGGAAAUGGACGGCAGGAGUUAAACUGAAAGAAAGCAGAACUGCAAGUGAAGAUAAGGAGCUUGUAAAGAGCAGUGGUUUGUGACUCUGUAUUAGUCUGAGGUAAAGGAGAUGAGUAGGCAACAGAGACGAAGGGAAUAUUCGACUGACAGCCUGGAGAGGACACCUUCAGAUGACUUGCACUAUCAGGGAAUGCUGAGAGCCUUGGAAGGCAGGAAAGAUGAACGGGACAGAGUGCAGAAGAAGACUUUCACUAAAUGGGUGAACAAACACUUAAUAAAGCACCAGAGAGCCGAGACGCAGCGUCAUGUGAAUGACCUGUAUGAAGAUCUCCGAGAUGGACAUAACCUGAUCUCCCUUCUGGAAGUCCUCUCCGGAGAGACACUGCCGAGGGAGCGGGACGUUGUGCGGAGCGUGCGGUUGCCUCGUGAGAGAGGACGCAUGCGAUUCCACAAGCUGCAGAAUGUGCAGAUGGCACUGGAUUUCCUCAGACGGCGGCAGGUCAAGCUUGUGAACAUCAGGAACGAUGACAUUGCAGACGGAAACCCGAAGCUGACUCUGGGUCUGAUAUGGACCAUCAUCCUCCACUUCCAGGUCUCCUGUUCUAUUUCAGAUAUCCAGGUGAACGGUCAGUCAGAUGAUAUGUCAGCGAAGGAGAAGCUGCUCCUCUGGUCUCAGCGGAUGGCGGAUGGUUACUCCGGUGUCCGCUGCGAUAACUUCACCACCAGCUGGAGGGACGGAAAGCUCUUCAACGCUGUUAUACACAAACACGAGCCCAGGUUCAUUGACAUGGGGAAGGUGUACCGCCAAACCAACCUGGAGAACCUGGAGCAGGCCUUUUCAGUGGCAGAGCGAGAGCUUGGGGUCACACGACUGCUUGACCCAGAGGAUGUGGAUGUGCCUCAUCCUGAUGAGAAGUCCAUCAUCACCUAUGUGUCCUCUCUUUACGAUGCUAUGCCCCGUGUCCCAGAUGUCCAGGACGGCGUCAAAGCCAAUGAGCUGGAGCUGCACUGGCAGGAGUAUUACGAGCUGGUCACCGUUCUUCUCCAGUGGAUCAGACAUCAAGCACACAUCUUCGAGGAGAAGAAGUUUCCAAGCAGCUAUGAAGAGAUCGAGAUUCUGUGGCGUCAGUUUCUGAAAUUUAAAGAAACAAAGCUUCCCGCAAAACAGUCGGACAAGAGCCGCUCCACACACCUCUAUCAGUCCUUUGAGAGCGCGGUCCACGCCGGUCAGGUCAAGGUUCCUCCAGGUUAUCAUCCCACUGACGUGGAGAAGGAAUGGGGUCGUCUACAGGUGUCUAUUCUGGAGAGGGAGAGACUGCUCCGGAUAGAGUUGGAGAGGUUAGAGCGUCUCCAGCAGAUCGUCAGUAAAGUACAGACUGAAUCAGGCAUGUGUGAGGAACAGAUCAACCAGACUGAGUCUCUGCUGCAGACGGAUAUCCGUCUCCUGAGUGCUGGGAAACCAGCGCAGCACACGGCUGAGGUGGAGAGGGAUCUGGACAAAGCCGACGGCAUGAUCCGGCUCCUCUUCAACGACGUUCAGCUGCUCAAAGACGGGCGCCACCUGCAGGCAGAGCAGAUGUAUCGCAGGGUGUACCGCUUACACGAGCGCUUGGUGAACCUGCGCAGCGACUACAACCUGAGGCUCAAGCCCAGCGUCAGCACUGCCUCUCACGUCUCCAUCACACAGAUUUCCCAGAAGUCUGUGCAGCGUGCACGGCCCGAGCUGGAUGAGGUCACCCUGCGUUACGCGCAGGAUCUGUUAUCCUGGGUGGAGGAGAACCAGCGGCGGAUCGAUACGGCCGAGUGGGGCAUCGAUCUUCCCUCUGUGGAGUCUCAGCUGGGCAGCCACAGAGGACUUCACCAAACCAUCGAGGACUUCAGGGCUAAGAUCGAGCGCGCACGAACAGAUGAGAGCCAGCUCUCGCCUGCAAGUAAAGGCACAUACAGAGACUAUCUGGGCAAACUGGAUCUGCAGUACAACAGACUGCUGAACUCCUCCAAGUCCCGUCUGAGAAACCUGGACCAGCUGUAUAACUUCGUCAGCGCCGCCACCAAGGAACUGAUGUGGCUCAAUGACAAAGAGGAAGAGGAGGUCAACUACGACUGGAGCGAGCGCAACACCAACAUGACUGCGAAGAAAGAGAACUACUCCGGACUCAUGCGAGAACUGGAAUUUAGAGAGAAGAAAAUCAACGACAUCCAGGCCACUGGAGACAGACUGAUCAAAGACGGACAUCCAGGCAAGAAGACUGUCGAGGAGUUCAGUGCAGCUCUGCAGACGAAGUGGAGCUGGAUCCUCCAGGUGUGCUGUUGCAUUGAAACUCAUCUCAGAGAAAACACUGCAUACUUCCAGUUCUUCGCUGAUGUGAGAGAUGCUGAGCAGAGGAUGAAGAAGAUGCAGGAGACCAUGAAGAAGAAGUACACGUGUGACCGCAGCACCACUGCCACUCGUCUGGAGGAUCUACUGCAGGACGCUGUCGAGGAAAGAGAGCAGCUGAACGAGUUCAAGUCUGACAUCGCUGGCCUGACGAACAGAGCCAAGUCCAUCGUCCAGCUGAAGCCGCGGGACCCCACCAGCCCCUCCAGAGGAAAGCUGCCCGUCCAAGCUGUGUGUGACUUCAAACAGAUGGAGAUCACCAUGCACAAGGGCGACGAGUGCACGCUCAUCAAUAACUCCCAGCCCUUCAGGUGGAAGGUCCUGAACCGCUCGGGGAACGAGGCCGUGGUGCCCUCCAUCUGCUUCCUCGUGCCCCCCGUCAACAAGGAGGCUGUGGAGAGCGUGUCCAGUCUGGACGCCGGUCAGCAGCAGACUCAGGCUCUGUGGCAGAAGCUCCACGCUGACCUCAGGAGUCUGCUCUCCUGGCAGUAUCUGAUGAAAGACAUCCAUCUCAUCCGCUCCUGGAACAUCACCACGUUGAAGACGAUGAAGUCGGAUGAGUACCAGCUGAUGCUGAGGAACCUGCAGAUGCACUAUCAGGACUUCCUCAGAGACUCCCGGGACUCCAGGCUCUUUUGACUCCAGCGAUAACCUGCAGGUGGAGAGGGACUACAAGGAGGCCGUCCAGCACUACGACAGCCUGCUGCGCUCCUUGGAGAAAGGAGCCGCUGUCAGAGCGCAGGGCGAGCAGGAUGAAUCCAUAUGCAAGACGUACAUCAACCCAAAUCAAAAGCCUGCGGCUGCAGAUCGAGGACUGUGAGUCUCGUACGUGGCUCG